UAGAAAGAUGGCGGCUGGACCUGGAGCGGCUAGCUCUGGUCACGGAGGGAGCCGUAGUGGCUCUUCGGCCGCUUUGGAGUCCUCCUUGGACCGUCGAUUUCAAGGAGUCACUAACACAAUGGAGUCCAUACAGGGUUUGUCCGCAUGGUGCAUCGAGAAUAAGAAAUAUCACAACCUCAUUGUGCGAUAUUGGAUGAAGUGGCUCAAAAAAUCGGACGCCAAUCACAGACUGAACCUCUUCUACCUCGCGAACGAUGUCAUCCAGAACUGCAAAAGAAAAAACGCCAUUGUUUACCGCACCACCUUCGCCAGCGUCCUCCCUGACGCCGCCCUGCUGGUCAAGGAUGGUAAGGUGCGUAAGUCAGUGGAGAGGAUCUUCAGUAUUUGGCAGGAGAGGAACGUGUAUCCAGAAGAGCUGAUCUCGGAGCUCAAGUCCAGUCUGCAGAAGAAGGAGGCACCGCCCCCGCCUGACGCGGUCAAUCCCAAGACUGCCUUGAAAUCGAAGAUCGUGGCCGAGUUUGCACCUCAGGUGUUGAUCGAUCAGUUGUCGGGUCAUAAACGGGCUCUGGAGGAGGCUGACCUGAGGGAGAAGCAGCUGGCUUCCCUCAGACUGGACAUCUGCAGCACUGAGGCCCUGAAGAGACUCAAAGACAAGGCCGGGGGGAAGAAGUUCUCUAAGGACUUUGAGGAGGGGAGCACUCGCCUGCAGGAGUUUGUGACGUUUCUGGAGGGCCAGAUGAAGGCAGGGCCCCCUCUGCUGGAAGCCCUGGGUAAUGCGGACGUCUUUUACGAGAUGCAGUACAAGGAGGUCAAGAUUGUCGCCAACGCUUAUAAGACCUUUGCGAAUCGCGUGUCCAACCUGAAGCGUAAACUGGACGCUCUGAAAACCACUCUGCCCAACGCGGACGACUCGCCCAUCCCCUCGCCCUCUGAGGACGCCCCCUCGCCCACCGGCUCGGAGUCGCCCUUCCACGGCAUGGGGGGGUCGCGGGGGGCCCACGCCGAGCACCGAGGGAGCGGAGAGAGGGACAACCGAAACGUGGAAGACAUGGACCUGUCGGAGGAGGAGGAGGAGAACACAGGCACCAACAUCAUAGUCGAAGAGGCGAAGGAGAAGCCCACACCCGCCUCGGUUUCCAAGUUCCCCGGUGCCGCGGCAACCAAAACGGCCCCGGCAACGGACUCCAAACCCGCGGCUCCCACCAGGUCUCUGUCCGAGCCCGCAGCCAAUCAGGUCGCCCCAUCCAACACCACGCCCUCUCCCAGUACACCUGGCCCCGCCCCCCUGCAGGUGAACUUGGCCAACGUGGACCUGGGAAAGAUCAGCUCCAUCCUCAGCAGCCUCACGAACGUGAUGAAGAGCACGGGUGAGUCUCCCGUGUCACGACCCUCUCCAGGCACACCCACCACUCCCUCUAACCACACCCCGUCUACCAAACCCAACACCCCAGCCCCUGGGUCUGGCCCCGCCCCUAACCCGCUGGCCAGCAUCCUGUCCCGGGUGGAGAUCUCGCCUGAGAGCAUUCUCAGCGCCCUCACCAAAACACAGGCCCACUCCGCAGGACUGCAAGGUUUGUCGUCCCUGCUUCACAGUGUAGCAGGAAACUCCGGGGGAGCCCAAACGUCUGCGGCCGCCGAACCCUCCUCCCCUUCAUCCUCCUCCACCUCCUCAUCCACCAAUCAGAACGCCAAGAGUGCCGCCGCCAUGGCGACCACGCCCACCACCCCUACGACGCCAAAGACGCCCAAGGCGUCGGCGGGCAGCACCUCGAAGCGGGAGUCGGAGAGAGAGAGAGGCAGGGAGUGGGAGAGGGUGAGAGAGAGGGAGAGAGAGAGAGAGAAAGAGAGGGAGAGAGAGAGAGAGAAAGAGAGGGAGAGGGAGGCGGCGGCCGCCGCGGCCGCCAUGCCCAGUUUGGAGUCGAAGAUCAACAGCUUCCUCCAGGGUAAUCCAGGCUUCAGCGCCCUGGGACUGGGAAUGGACGAUAUCGGGGGGGACAGCCCCCUCCUGGUGGGCGGAGACAACGUGGAUGGCACCCCGGUCCGAGACGAGAGCGGAGGCACCCCUACCCAGGACGAGAUUAUGGACAAACCUGGCGCCUGCGAUCCCUCGGGACCCUCCAGGGGUCACAACCUCUCACCCACCGCUUACCGCAACGACCCCUGGGACGCCGUCAUCACCCCUCGAGAGACGAACGACCGAGACUAUCGCACUCCUUCCUCUUCCUCGGCCUACCCCGCCUUCGGCGCGACGCCCUCCAAGAAACCGGCGAAGCCCGCGUCGAAAACGGCAGAGGAGGACGCGAUGAAGAGGCACGCGAUGGCGUCCGCGGGUGGCUCCUCCUCUUCCUCAGCACUGGACCAGAGCGUGAUGAAGGUCAAAACGGAGGGACUGGGAGGAAGGGUCGGCGACGUCCACCUGAAGAACGCGGUGAGCCGCAAGAUCAGCGGUGGGUCAGACGAGGGCAGCGUGGGGCGGGAGAGAGAGGAGAAAGGGAAGAAAAGCAUGAUGGGAAAGGAGGUGUCCGGGAGCUCGCCCCCCGGUGGCGAGGCGGAGGGACAGCAUUAUCAUCGCAUUGAGACCGUUGUGUCGUCAUCCUGCGGGGAGGGAGCGCCCAUCCAGACCGUGGGCUACAACAAUCGGCGGAUGUCCGGCGAACGCAUUCAGACCGUCGAGAGCAUCCGCGUGAUCGGCCGUGGGUCGAGGAGGGGCAGCCUUCCCGCGGCCAGGGUGGGCGGAGCCUGGUACGAAGAGGAGGAGUUCAUGGAAGUCCCGCCCGGCGCGACCCCGGAGACGUCUGACGACCUGGGCCUGGUCCCGCCCGCUUCCCACCUUAUGCCCGGCCACGCCCGGCCACAGCCGCACCCGCUCCCGCCCCCAGCGCAGUACCCGCCCUCUUACACCACCGAAAACUCCCACACUCACUCGGUUCCUCAGCAGCACCCUCCGCCCCCCUCUUCAUUCUUCCCCUCCUCUCUUCCCCCGAUUCCACAACCUCCGCCCCCUCCCAUUCCUCAGCCCCCUCCCCCUCCCAGAGAGAUCCUGUCCCCUACCACAUCUGUCAUGGUGGGCGGGGUCUUGGUGCCCAUCGACCGGGUGCUUCCCUACCCCCCUUCCAACACCCGUUCAGAGGGAGGCGAUCGCGUCCCGGGGGGCACCGCUGCUCCCAACGCGCCCGGAUUUAAGGACGCCCCUCCCCGCCCGGGGACGGUCAAAGAGCAUUUCGCCCCACGCCACGCCCCUCCUCUGCACCGCCCCGGAGCCCCGGGCGUGCCCCCCCCACUCUUAGGCAGAGCCCGCGACGGACCCAGCCCCCCUCCCCCCGCCUCCACCUCCUCCGCCGCCACCUCCUCCGCCCCUCCCUCCCCGUCCGCCGAAGCCCUGCCUCUCCUCCCCUCCCCGAGUCGCCUCCCCACGGGCGUGCAGAGCCAGCGCCCCCCUGCCGGCGCCUCCGUCAGGCCCCCGGCGCCCCAGUCCCUGCUCCGCCUCCCCACGACCAGACCCGCCUUGCGCUCCCCCCUCCCGCAGAGACCUUUCCUCCGCAGCCCCGUGCGUCACCCCACCCUAAACCGAGAGCCGCUCCUCCCUGGGGCCAAGCGCCCCGGUCCUGCCUUUACUCCCGGCCAGGCCGGGUCAUUCCACCCCCCGAAAAGACCCUACUUACCCCCCCGCUACUGA